CAUACACAUGACUUUGUGCGUAAGAGGAUGUCCCUGUGUCAGGCCCCGUUUUUCGCGUUUUGUUUUUAAUUAUUUAUUUCCGUAUAAACUGCAGUCUUGAUAUAAAAACACUGAUGAUCGAUCAUUUAGCUGUAGAUUGAAGGCUUUCUACAGAGGAUUAUAAUUAAGCUGACAUCUCGGUGUUUUUCCAGAGACAUGGCUCGACCACGGCCGCGGGAGUACAAGGCAGGGGAUCUGGUUUUCGCUAAGAUGAAGGGAUACCCGCACUGGCCAGCGAGGAUUGAUGAGCUUCCGGAAGGAGCUGUCAAACCACCUGCCAACAAGUACCCCAUCUUCUUCUUUGGGACUCAUGAGACUGCAUUCUUGGGUGCAAAAGAUCUUCUGCCUUACAAAGAGUAUAAAGACAAAUUUGGAAAGUCCAACAAGAGGAAAGGUUUCAACGAGGGUCUGUGGGAGAUUGAGAACAACCCUGGAGUCAAGUUCACAGGGUAUCAGUCCAUCCAGCAACAGAGUUCAACAGAGACGGAGGAGGGGGGAAAUGCCGCUGACGGCAGCAGCGAGGGGGAGGAGGGUGACUCUGUGGAAGAGGAAGAUAACAAGGACCAGAAGGAGGAUAAGACUGGAUCCAAACGGAAAAAAACAGCCGCCUCCAAGAAAUCCUCCAAACUGUUGCAAAUUUCAUCUGGAGAGGACGACCUGGAGAAGGGUGGGAAAGACAACAAUCCAAAGAGCGGUUCAGGAGGAGACCAUGACAACGACUUCAUCCAGAAUACCACUGACAGUAAGAACCAGCUGCUCAUAGAGGAACAUUAAAAGAGAAAAGUAUGACCGGGAAAUCUUUCUUCGUAGCUGUGAUGUUAGAGAGAUAAACCUACAACAUGAUUUCUCAUCUGCACCACCUGCUGGCUGCAACUGUCCCAUUGUUUGUGUGCUGGAUGUGUGUUUGGAAGAAGGAUGCAUUAUACAUUAUUGUGAUGAUAAGUAUACAGAUACCAGGGUAAGACUGGCCAUUUUCCAAAUGUUUUUUUUAUCACUUAAUGGUCGAUCCCGAUUUUAAAAAAAUCACAGUAAAACUUUUGUCACUUUCAAAGGUUUUCUGUUAGUUUUACAACCGCAGUUCCAAAAACAUCAGGACUCUGUAUACAAAAGCAAAGAUUUAUGAAUCCCAUCUAUCUUUUAUUUCCAGUAGAAGAUAAACAACAUCUCAGGUGAUGAAACUGAGACGUUUCACCAUGUGAUGGAAAAUAUG